AUGCAGACACAGGAAUGCCCCCCCCGCAAGCCAUGGCCGGGAGAAGAUCUGGCCAGCGUGGGGUUUCCCGAGCAGGUAUGCAAGUCUGCUACUACUAGUACAGUUGAGACGGCACAUUAUGCUCGGUCUGCCGAUGCCACCGUUCCAUCCAAUACAUGGAGAGACACGGAAGCGAGAGACAUUAAAAUUGCGAAACAGAACACGCGCGGGCUCACUCAAUACAGUGGAAUCGAGUUCUCCGAGUCCCCACAGGAUCAACAGGACAGAGCCUCCUUGUCCUAUGAGCUCCCGUGGAUGCAGAGUGGCGCCGAUGGGCCGAAGGCCUUGGCGGCGAGACUCGGCCGCCACCAAUCUCCCCGGUUACAGCUGUUUUGUAUGAGCUGCAGAUAUGCGUUUCUUUAUGCCUCAGACUUGAGUUCGUGUCAGGCAAAGAGCAUCGCGUCUGUGUAUAACGCAUAG